ACACUUCGGCCGGGAGGGAGGCAGCAGCGGCUCCGCGGCGGGUGCGAGAUGCGCUCAGAGAAGGAGGGAGUGGGAGGCUCCGGGGUGGCCGUUGCUGCGCGGGACCCGAGCGGGAGAGAAAAGCUGUCGGCUGGGGAAGUCCAGUUCCGCCGGGAGUCGCCGCGGCGAGAACCAGAGGUGCCACCCGCCUCGUCCUUCGGCUCUGGGGGCGGUACCGGCAAACCUCGCGAGGAGAAGAAGACGGUUCUGAGCAAGGUGGUGAUCCGGCGGCUCCCUCCCAGCCUCACCAAGGAGCAGCUGGAGCAGCAGCUGCACCCGCUGCCCGCGCACGACUACUUUGAGUUCUUCACCGCCGACCUGAGUCUUUAUCCUCAUCUUUAUUCAAGAGCAUACAUUAAUUUUAGAAAUCCUGAUGACAUCCUUCUUUUUAGAGAUCGUUUUGAUGGCUGUAUCUUCAUUGACAGUAAAGGCCUAGAAUAUCCUGCAGUGGUAGAGUUUGCCCCAUUCCAGAAGAUAGCCAAAAAGAAACUAAAGAAAAAAGAUGCCAAAACUGGAAGCAUCGAAGACGAUCCAGAAUAUAAGAAGUUUUUGGAAACUUACUGUGUGGAGGAAGAGAAACCUAAUGCCAAUCCCGAAACUCUUCUGGGAGACAUAGAGGCAAAGACAAGAGAACUUAUUGGUGGUUGUGACAGUGCCCAGGAUGCAGCAGCUGUCUCUAGAAGAACCACACCUCUUUUGGAAUAUAUUAGAAAUAGAAAAUUAGAGAAGCAGAGGAUUCGAGAAGAGAAGCGAGAAGAGCGAAGGAGAAAGGAGCUGGAGAAGAAGCGUUUACGGGAAGAAGAAAAGAGAAAGAAGAGAGAAGAGGAGAAGUGUAAGAGGAAAGAGGCAGACAGACAGAAGAGAGCUGCUGAGAGAGAAGUAAGGAUUAAGCUUCUUAAGAAACCAGAAAAGGGGGAGGAACCAACUGAGAAGCCAAAAGAAAGAGGAGAGGAAAUGGAUCUUGGAGAUGGAAAACGGGAGCCCUGUGCUAGCUGUGCUGUCCUGAAGCCCACGCCCUUGGAGGGCUUGCUAGAGGAGCCCAGGGAAAAGUCGCAGAAUGACAUUGAUAAAGAGAAAAGGGAGAUGGAGAGAAGAUUUCGAGAAAAAGAGCCUGAAACACAAAGAUGCCACAUGGAUGACAGCAGAAAGCACAGAGCUCAUUGUGAGUGUGACAAGUUUUCAAGGAGAAAAGAAGAGCUGAAAUGGGGGAAAGGAGUCCCCUCAGACAGAGGGAAGAAGGGGAGCCAGGACAGUGGCAUCCCUGUGGAGGCAGCAGAGUGGCCUGGGAGCACAGGAGUGAAGGUGGCCCAGCACCCAAAGCGGAGCGCCCAGGAAACAAGGAUCAGCCGGUCUUGCAGCUGUACCAGCCAGGAGCUCGCAUCCGAGCUCGAGAAACUGCCGGGGGGAUCUCUGUGGAGGGCCGUGAUGGAAGCAGGGGUGAGGCUGAAGAUUCAGGACGGUCCGGUUCCCAGCAGAGUGCAGAGGCAGGGUGAGUCAGCGUGCACGUUUGAUGGAAAGCUCCCAUUCAGCAUUUUGUGGGUUAGAGAGGGUGUUCCAGAAAUGUAUCAAUUAGCCUAGAGUAUAACCUGCAAGGUGCAUUUACUCCUUUUAAAGAAAUCAGAAACUAGAAAUAUACGUGUGUCAUAGAAACAUCUAGAAACCAUUCUUAAGAAGCAGCCUGUUAAAAAAUUGAAAAGUUGUCAUAGAUUUUACUGUUUUUAGUAUGAACUAGUAUAUACUGUUUAGCCAAAACAGAACAAGUAACCUCUUUGAAAAGUAGAAACAUAUGAUUAAAACAGGGAAGAAAAUUAGUAUUAUACCAGUGUGGACUCUGAAGCACUUUGAGACAUGUUGUAGGAAUAACCUGUACUUUGAGUCCUACACAUGUGUGAGUAAGUGAUCUUUCGGGAUUCGGAUCACGCGCGUGUAUGAGCUGUAGUUUAAAAGAGGGAAGGGAGCAGCUCUCACACCAUUAUAAGCUGGUGAUCCAGACACCUGUGCUCUCGUGAGCAUUCUGACGUCUCUGUGCUGCAGCUGCUAGGACGGGAGACUUACCACUGUGGGAAGUUCUACAGCUUUAAGUAUUGCCCCUUCAGCAGUUGGCCACUGACUUUUUUCCCAGUCUUUUGAUGGAUGCGCUGCUCAUGGUGUAUAACCACUGUUAUGUAAGGGCUGCAGAGAUAACAUAAGGGCAUCAUUUGGGGACAGGGAUAACAGGUACAGCAUCGGGGGUUUUCCUUUUUGCAUUCUGAGGCGGUUUUAUUUUUCAAGGACUUAAUGGAGCAUUCUGUAAUUAUGCAUUCACAGUAUUUUUUAAUGUUAGUGAAAUUGUUAAACAUUAAUGUAUUUUUGGCACUAUGCUUUGGACCACAUAUUAAAUAAUUUUAGUUGCUGUGGAUUUGAAGUCCAGGUUACGGUACUUUUCCUAUAUCAAAUUUUACAUAAUAAAAUAUUGCUUUUCAAAAUGUAGCUUUAAUUACCUGAGUAUUUUAUUGAUUAUUCCUUACUAAAUAUGAAAUGUUUAUCAAAAAAACUGUGAAUUUGGGGCACCUGGGUGGCUCAUUCAGUUAAGUGUCCUGUCUGCUCAGAUCAUGAUCUUGGGGUCCUGGUAUUGAGCCCCACAUCGGGCUCCCUGGUCAGCGGGGAGGCUCUCUGUCCUCCCACCCUGCCUGUGCUCUCUCUCCCUAUCUCUGUCUCUCUCGGGAGGGGGCAAGAUGGCAGAAGAGUAGGGGACUCUGAUUCAACCAGUCCGCUGAAUUUUAGCUGGAUAUCUACCAGACCAUUCUGAACAGCCACGAAAUCAGCCUGAGAUGUAGGAAUAUAUAUAUCUGGAUCUCCACGAGCACGGUUUCGAGGGUGCAUCUUGCUUGGAUUGUGGUUGAUAUUUAGGACUCUGUACUUGUAUUCCCUCAACCACCCCUCAACAGAAUGACUAGGAGGAGGAACUCCCAACAAAGAAAAGAACCUAUCUCUCUCUCUCUCAAAUAAAUAAAUAAAAUCUUUAAAAAAGAAAAAACAAACCUGAGAAUUACUCAUUUAUCAUUAAAGAUGUUUGACUGUUGGACAUAUAGUCCGCCCAUGGCAUUGCUGUGCUCUUGCUCUUGACUCUGGAACUCCAAGAAUUUGGCAGGGGAGGGGUGAGAAGGACUUGCUGUGAUUUAGCGAGGUCCAUGUGACCCAGCACAGCCAGACCUGAUGGAAAAGGGGUAGGUAGUAACUAUUUUAGACUUUGCAGACUCUCUGGUCUCUGUUACAACUUGUGAACUGUGCCAUUAGGCAAUACAUAAUGAAUGGGCAGGGCUGUGUUCCAAUCAAAUUUUAUUUAUAAAAACAUGCAGCAGGCCAUAUUUGGCCUGUGGACCGUAGUUUGCUGACUCCUACUUAGAUCAGACUGGAUCUCACUGUGUUCUCACUGCUCAUUUGGGCUUUGACUGAGAUGACUGAAGACUCGAACAUAAUACCUGAAACCAUAAAAUUCCUAGAAGGAAACAGAGGAUUCGAUCCUUGUCACCAGUCUUGGUGAUAAUUUUUUGUAUAUGACAUGAAAAGGAAAGGCAAUAAAAGUAAAAAUAAACAAAUGAAACUACAUUGGACUAAAAAGUUUCACACGAAGGGAACCCAUUUGAAAAAUGAAAAGGCAGCGUAUGGAAAGAAAAAAAUAUCUUCACACAGCAUACCUAAUAAGGGGUUAAUAUCCAAAAUAUGUGAGGAACUCAUACAACCCAACAGCAAAAAAACCCAAAUUACCCAAUAAAAAAAGGGGGCAAAAGACCCGAAUAGACAUUUUUCCACAGUGGACAUCACAGAUGGCUAACAGGUACAUGAAAAGGUGCUCAACACCGCUGCUAUCAGAGAAAUACAAAUCAAAACCCCAAGGAGAUACCACCUCACACCUGUCAGAGUGGUUGAAAUCAGAAAGACGAGAGCAAGUCUUGGCAAGGAUGUGAAGGAGGAGAACCCUUGUGCAUCGUGGGUGGGCAUGCCAAGCGGUAGAGCCACUAUGGAAGGCCAGUGUGGCAGUUCCUCAAGAAAUUGAAAGUAGAGCUACCGUAUGACCCAGCAGUGCCGCUGUGGGCAUAGGUCCAAAGGGAGCGGAAUCGUCUGUUCACAUGUUCGUCCCAGCAUUAUUCACAGUGGCCACGGUAUGGAAACAACCUUAGUGUCCACGGUGGAGGGUGUUUAUGCAGCCUCAUGAAAGGAAACCCUGCCAUUUUCAACAACGUGGAUGAACUUGGAGGACAUUGUGCUAAGUGAAGUAAGCCAGACAAAAAAAGACGAAUACUGUAUAUGUACAGUGUGGGAAAAAAAAUCAAACUCCUAGAAACAGAGUAAAAUGGUGGCCGCUAGGACUAGGGUGUGAGGGAAAUAGGGAGAGGUUAGUGAAAGUCACAGGUUAUUCAGUUAAAAGAUUAAGGUCAAGGAUCUUAUGUAUAAGGUAGUGACUGUAGGUGAUAACAUUGUAUCGUAUAAUUGGAAUUUGCUAAGAGAGAAUUUUCUCAGCCCCCAAAAAAGUAAAUGUGUGAGGUGAUGCUGUAACACAGUGUGAAUCCUUUCAUAAUGUAUACAUUUUAUAAGUCAGUAUGUUGUACACUUUCAAUGUUAAAAUUUGUCAGGUAUACCUCAGUAAAGCUAGAAAAUAACUAAGUAGAAGGUAGUUACACCCUUUGAAAGGUUCCUGAGAUCUGCCCCCAGGGCUUUCCAGAAGUCACUUCGAGAUUACUGAUUUAAAAUAAUAAUACAUUGUAUAAUGGGUUACCUUGGUAUAAAACACUUCCAUAUACACUUCCCAGUUUCGACUUAGACUCAUUUGUAAGAUUGGUUGGGCAGGACGUACAUGAUCUCCCUUUUAUAAAACUAGGAAGCAGGUUUAGAGAUGUCUAGCACCUGUUGCUGGCAAAGUCAAGCUGCUUUCAUAUUUGUAAAGUUUUUAUUACUAAUUAGCCAGAAAAAAAGGUUUCUGAGAUUAUCACAUGUCUAAGAAAUGGUAGAAAUGUUAGGAAAGAAUAUUAUUCACAUGGACGUACCCCUUGGGAGUUGCAGUCCACAUCUCAGGGAGGGACUGCAGUGCCCAGUGUGACCGAGGGGUGGCGUGGGGCUGGCCACCUGUUGGAUUGCCUUCUAUAUUUGCUUUGCAAAACUUUCUUUUUUGUUAAAGAUUUUAUUUAUUUAUUUGACAGAGAGAGACAGCGAGAGAGGGAACACAAGCAGGGGGAGUGGGAGAGGGAGAAGCAGGCCUCCCGCAAGCAGGGAGCCGGAUGUGAGGCUCGAUCCCAGGACCCUGGGAUCAUGACCUGAGCCCGAGGCAGACGCUUAACUAACCCUAACUGAGCCACCCAGGCGCCCCCCGACCUUUUUUUUUUUUCCUAUUGUUUCUCAUUUUAGAUCCCAGUCAGGUUUUAUUCAGCUAUCUAAUAAUUUUAAUAAUUAUAUUUAAACGUGAACAUAGCAAAGCAGAACAUUAACUAUCAGUAUUCUAAUGGAUCUCAGUCUUGCUAGUAAAUUAUAAACACCAGCUGACUGAAGUAAUUCCUCAAAUCUGACAUGAAAUAGGCACUUUGAAGAAUCUCAUUUACAUCUUUGGAAACAAGUUUUCACGUGCUUGAUUAUAGUGCUUACCGAGUGAUCGUCUGCCAUUUCAUGAGUCAAAUGACAGUGAGACCCUUGGGAGAAGGUGAGGCAGCUCAUGGGGCAACAGGUUCUCUGACCAGAUCUCCACAAGGACAGAAGGGUGUGUGGCUGUGGCCUGGCGGCCCCUUUGACCACAGUCCUUCUGCAUAUGUAGAGGACCUGGAUAGUGAAGAGCGUGAGCUUCUUCACAUCACACCAUGAGAAAUGAUCUUUUAUGUUUGCCUCUGUCAUGGAAUUCUCAUUUGUAUCUGUCUUCUAAACUCUGAUGAAAAGAGAGAUAAUUAUCUCCACUUUAAGUAGAUUUGUUUUCUAUUCUCUUCUUCCUAUCUUUAAAAUUAAGGACAUGUCAGAGAUUAAAGUGGAGAAUUAAGUAGGUAUUUGAUCUAUUUGAUCUGUGUUAAUAGCAAAAGAGAAAUGAGAGAAAAUCAGUUUAUUUUCAGAACAGUAUUCAGAGUCAAGAGGAUUUUUUUAAGCAAAUUAGCCUACUUAAAUCCACCAGUUAAUUGCUUCAACCCAGUCCCAGCUAUAGCAAGGUCUAAUGAUAGUAAUUGUCAUAUGAAAAUUCAGUUUUAAAUCUUUAUUUUUAAAAUUUUGUCACUUCAGUGAAGUUUAGAAAAAUGCUGUCUUCUCUGUGUGAGCUUCUGUUGGGGCUGCAUUUUGGUGGAAAGCUAAUAGCUUCUUGUAAGUGCUCCUCCUCAUCUUUGUAUCAAAAGCAUGUUUAUCGUGUAAUGUUUUAAAUUUCUCCCAAAAUUCUUCAUUGUUACACAUCUAAAGGAAAAGAUAAUUACAUUAAUAACUUUGUAUCACAAAGCAAUAAAAGAUGUCUGU